CACUAAACACUGUUUGGCAGACGCACAGACUGUGGCCUGUUGCUGCAGCGGAGCACUGAACUACACAAAAUAAGUGCGGUGACGACAAAAUCUUAUUCUGUCUUUUAUCUCUGAUGCAACUAUCAAGUAUGGAGGAUUUCAGCUUGGUCAGAAGCAAUAGUCUGGAUGCAGGAUCUGGAAGUGACAAGGAGCUGAUGAGUAUUUAUCCUGACGCGGAGCCUACACCAGCAGAACUGGCUCAAUGUGAAGCUGAAGUCGGUACGCUGCUCAGCAUCAUCGCUGAAGUGAACAAGAAGAUGGGGUCACUGAAGGCACCAAGUGAACCAGGUGAUUUAAAACCACCACCACCCAGUCCUCUGUUUCCAGACCUACUUUCCCACAGGCUGGUGAGAAGAAUCCCAGAGAAGAGCACUUCCUCUUAUGUCACAUCUAAUCCUUCACUACCAAGUCGAGGGGGCAGUGGCGUCAUCUGGACAGAACUCAAGGGGGCUCUGACUGCAGUGGAGGACUCCAUCAAUUUUAGAAGGUCCUGGGCAGCCCCCAUUACAUCCUCUGACCGAGACAGACCCAAAGAGCAUCUGAGAGCAGCUCAGGACAGCUGGGCCAAGGCUGAUAAGAUUUUGGACGAAAUGGAAAAGGAAUUUGGGAUUUCUUGUCCUUCAGAUGUGGCAAAAGAAACAUUCCAGGAGGAACUUGUGGAUCAGAGUCUGGACUCUUCUCCCCUACAAGGAGAACUGCAGAGAUCACACAGCAUCAGCAACGUGGAAGAUGAGAAGAACAAGCAGGUUGGUCACCAGAGGGCCUGGAGGUCGGCGAUUUGCUCUCCUUCUUACAGAUUGUCAGGUCCUUCUGGGGCCUCCUCUUCCUUUCCAUGUUCUCCUUUGCUCCUCAGAAGAGCAGCCAGAGCAGGAGCACCUUUUUCUCCAGGAGCUGACAGCUCACCACUCAGCUUGGCUAACUCAGGCAGUUCUUGUCCAAACCCCAUUGGCCUGGAGACUGAGAUGGAACGACUGAAUAGGUACAUUGAAAAGCUGAAGGCCAGGAAUGAACGUCUCACUGCUGCUUUGGAGCGAAAGAGGGCAGAGUUUGAGCAGAUCAGCGUUACACUGAAGAGUCUGGAGGCCGACUGCUCUGCCAUGCACUUGGCUCUCAGAAACUGUGAGGAAUGUGAAGAGGCAUACGGCGAGCUCCUGUCGCUUUACGAAGCUCAGAGGCAACAAAGCAUUCCUCUGCAGACCAACGCAGCAGAGGCAAUCGACACGCAGAUGCCUUGCAGUCCGUCAGCUCAACAUGGGAAAAUGGGAAGUGAGGAAUUGUCGACCUCCUUCACAACAACAGACGUCACCAAGGAGAUGGAAACACACACAGCACAGAGGACUCCUGACUUCAGUGAACGAGAGGUUGCGCUCCAUGAGUUAAUUGAGCGCCUGAAAAGGAACCGGGCGGCCAUUUUCCUCCCAAAGCUCCAAGCAGGAGUGGAGAUGAACCCAGAUGCUGGUUCCCCUGCUGGGCUGCGAGGUGGACACUUGACAAAAGACAACAUCAAGCCUGCAGAAAGACAUAGAGAUAAGACGUCUCUGUUUCAUGAGCUCAUCACAGCCAGGGAGGAGAUGUCGGACCUGCGUGCCCUCAUUCGUCUGAAGGAGAAAGAGCUGAGGUUUCUAGAAUGGAGUCUGGUGGCCCAAAAGAGCCAAGAAGCAUCUGGAGCGUGUAUUCCAGAAAGCCUCCGAGAUGAGCUGGCGGACUGUAAGACUGAGCAACAGAGGCUGUGUGAGAAUGCCGCUAAAGUGUGCAGUGAGGGUGACAUGGCCGGGCUCAGGACCAGGCCCAUUUUAAAAGAGCUGCAGGCUGUCCUCCAGAGGGAGCAAGCCCUGAAAAAGAGACUGGCUUUAGUUUAUGACCCAUUCAACCCGACCCUCGCUGACAGCGCUGCCAACAGGAGGGACAACGAUGAGCAUGUUGCAAGGCUCACACAAGCUCACAGUAAGGCCUUGAGCUCUUACCGACACAUUCGCAGGAAGUACCGGGAGCAAAUGUGGAAGCUGGAGCAGAAACUGGCAGCCAUGAUGGACAGUCAGCAUGUCCAGAGUGGAACACCAAAGACAGCUGGGGAAGAUUCAGAAUGGAGGAGGGAAGAGACCGUACUGUGAUCAUCUAAGAACAAACCUAAUCCAACAACUCAAUGGCUGUGUCUCAAUUCGGCCACUUCCUUACUUAACAUUUUGUGCAUUCACACUGAGAAGUACGGCAAAAUGCAGUCUCCCGUCUCCCGUACCUAGAUGUUGCAGUCAACACUAGAGAUGGGUACCAAAACUCGGUUCCAUACUGGCACCAGUGCCGGCAUUAAUGGUAGUAACCAGGCCAACAAACUAAGUGGCUCAUUUCGGGGCUCAAUUAAUACACAGUCAGCCAUCUGCAACAAGCGCUUGAAGCCGACAUUGUGCAAGUAAGGUCAUGCAAGUCUCUUUUUAAACUUUAUUUAUACCUUAAAAUGCAAACAGUAGUGCUCAAUUCCAACACCGCACACACAACUCACUGUACGGCUACGUAGUACUGUCCACAACAGCAACACAACACUUCCUCAUUAUCAACCAAUCACGGUCACGGCAAGUAAGGCGCCUUCACAGACAGAAGCAUUCUGAACAUUACAAGCAGAAACACACGCAGGUGAUUUUUUUUUCUUGCACAUUUCCUGUGUUCUGAACUGUUGGUGGUGUUGCUGUGAUAAUUAUGGCAAUUUAGCGUGGAUUUUACUUCAUAUUGCUGAAUUUAUGGCUUACCGGUAGUUAUCAUUUUAUUUAUAUCACUGAAGUAUUUCAGUUACUAACCUGUUCAGCUUGCGUGAUACAAAAUUAUCUAAAUAAAAAGGUAUUGUUUUUGGACUUUUUAAAAGUACCAGUUCAGGCACAGUUUAAGCACCGGUUCAAAAGUACGGAUUUUGCACGGGUAUCAGAUAAUAUGUAAACAAUUCCCAUCCCUACACAACACGUCCCUAAUGGUUGAGUGUGCAGCGAUGAAUCAUUGCCAUCUUGGCUACAUAGCGGAAGGGGAGGGACACUUAAAAUUCACACUUAAGCAGAUAAAGCAGAUAAAUACUGCGAUGGUCAUUACAGGUAAGUGCACAAUGACAGUAAUCAAAUUAGGACAGCGCUACACUGUCAAAAUGUGCGCCCCCAGGAACUAAGUAUGCAGUGCACACAGUAUACAUAUUUAAGUGUACUGAUGGAAGUAUUUGAUUUGAGACACAGCCAGUGUCCUUAUUAGAGUAGAGUUCUUCAGACAACCUACUUGACUGUAUUAUCUCCAAGGCCAGUUUCAAUGACUUGUGUGCUAAACAGUAAAACAGUUGCCAAUAAACUGAGCAGAAUUCCAAAACUUACACAAACAGUGACACACACACACACACACACACACACACACACACACACACACACACACACACACACCUCUACAUCACACAACUCUAUGUAGUUGUUUGACGAUGUUCCAUAAAAUGUCAGAUAGACAUUAUGCACAAAAUACAGUAUAUAGUCGCCCAAUUGUUCUUUCCAUGUUUCCACUUAAAUGACAAAAAAUGCUGCUUGUUAGUUCACAUAUUAUAUAUAUAUAUAUAUGCUCUAUUUUCAUCUAUUUUCAUCAUAUAUAUAUAUAUAUAUAUAAUAUGUGAACUAACAAGCAGCAUUUUAUAUAUAUAUAUCAGAUAUUAUAUGUAUUUUUGCCUCCUACACAAUGUAUUGGGUUUCUGUAUUUUGAUGCUUAUACAUGUCUUGCAUGUUCCAUCCUCUCAGUUGAGUUUUGUUACAGAUGUGUUGGAGCAGCCGUUAUGCAUGAACCAUUAACACUACCGCAGUUAUUGUCAGCCAACAAUAUAGCAAUCAUGUACUCAACGAAUGGCUUUGAUUCUUCAUUUGAAUGGUACAAUAGUCUGGACUGAGUCAUUUUCAUGGCAACAUUGCCUUGCCUUCCUGUUGAGUGGACCAGCCAGUGUUACCGCUACAAUUAGUGCUAACAUUACUGUUCAGUGCUUUUACACACUAUGGCAUACAUCAAAAUAUGUAAAUAUGUAAUUUGCUUAGCGUUCACUCUGGUAUUUUUGGCAUGGAACCAAAGGCGUCCCUGUAAACUCAACUCAAACCAAAAUGCAAUCUUCUGGGUUGAAUAUGUACCUGUAGGUUAUUUCAUAUUCUCAUUUACUGACCAGCUUAGAUUUCACAAAAAGCUUGUAAAAUACACUUAUAAAGAGCGCCAUUGUCACACACAGGGAGAGAGCAGAGCCCAUCAUUGGCUAUCCUUAUGUUACAUGAACACACGUCUUUCCCUUUUCUGUGCGUUCUAAAGAUAUAAAAAACAGCUAAAAAGAGGCAGCUAAGAAAGCACUUAACGGGAUGCACUUCCUUCGGAAAAAAACUCCCAAAACCGCCAACAACGCAUUUACAUAAUGUGACCCACAUAUUAACCAAACUACAGCGACAUUGUUAUUAUUAUUGUUAUAAACAUUGCCAACACGCCCAAGAACUACGUUAAUUGCAUAGUGACACCUCGCCACACCACAUCGGCUAGCUACGAGCCGGCAAGCGUUUAGCUUCACCACACACUCGCCCGCAGCGCAUCGGCGCCGCGCUCACAAUGCCUCAGGACACUACCGUAAGGUGACGGUACAUAUUGAAGCUACUGCUUGAGUUUGGAAAAGUUUAUGCUAGGUGUAUGCUAGGUGACCCUACAGAUGGAUUCCCUGGCUGGAAUCCGUCUAUAGUGUCCCAACUCUAGAAGAACCACCACCAUUCUUGUUUGACCGUACGAUAACCGAGACAGUGUACGAAAACCAAGACGUACUGUAUUUCUGGCAUUCAUUUUCGUUGAAAACCAAAUCCUACGAAAACCGAGGUUGCGCUGUAUUAGAAACACCUCACAAUUGCAGGUCAGUUCUCAAUCACCCCUGGUCCCACCCCGCCGAGCCUGUGACCCUACCCACCCAAAUAGGUCAGCUGCAGCUGUGAGCGGCAGUCCGGAGGUUAAGUCAAAGGUUGAGUGUCACACCCAGAGGGUCAUUUGAUGCGUGGCCGUUGUGUUGUGCUAUGAAUGGAGGUUUCACAGGGGCAGACGAGGUGGCGCAUCCCUGGCGCCCUGACUCUUGGCCGGGCUGCCGUUUCCCGAGCAAAGGUCACCGUAAAGGGCGCGUCCUUCCCCCUCCGCCCAUCCCUCCAGGUCACUAUCUCUAUUGUCGUAAUAGCUGCCAUUAGAGCAGAUGAUACAAUUAUCAUUGUUCUUUGUGUGCACGCUCUUGAAGAGCUAUGUCCAGUGUUUUGAGUUCAUCAAAGGUUUUUCUGGAUUACACCGUGGUCGUAACCUCUGCUUGACUCUCCUUCUUUCAAAGAGGCAGCGUCGUGUGGAACAUCCUGACCUUGCAUCUCAAUGAAUUGGAAUAUCAUGCCAAAGUUCAGCGAUUUCAGGAGUUCAAUUCAGACUAAGACAUCAGUUGAAGUCUCAGGAAGUUUUUGCAGUUCAUUUGCUGAUUAGAGCACAAGCUGCUAGUUUGCCAGAUUUACUUUUUACCAUACUUUUUUUUCUUUUUUCAGAAUUUUUUCACAUUUUAUCAGAUACUGAAUUUGGGUUUUUUUAUUAGCUGGAAUCUAUAAUCAUCACAAUUAUUGAUAAAAUAAGAAAUACUUUACUGCAAUAUUUGACUCUGUGUGUAGUGAAUCUAUCCAUCCAUCCAUUUUCUAUGUAUGCUGGAGCCGACCCCAGCUGACUAUCCCAGAGUACACCCUGGACUGGUCGCCAGCCAAUCGCAUAGACAAACAACCAUUCACACUCACAUUCAUACCUACGGACAAUUUAGAGUCACCAAUUAACCUAACAUGCAUGUUUUUGGAUGUGGGAGGAAACCGGAGUACCCGGAGAAAACCCACGCACGCACGGGGAGAACAUGCAAACUCCACACAGACAUGCCCAGCGGAGAUUCGAACCCAGAUCUUCAUGAUCUCCUGACUGUGUGGCCAACAUGCUGCCUGUAGUGAAUCUAUAUAAUCUAAAAUGCUCCUUAUUUUCAAAUGCAUAUGUAUGACUUUAAGUGGACUUUCAAGAUAUUUGUGCAUAACGGUGCAGUAUGUUGUAUGAUUGCUGCUCAGCUGCCUUCCCGUGCGCCAGUAUCAGGUCACAGUGACAUCUGAUGACACCUUUAUCUCCACUCUGUGGUGUAAGGAUGUGUCGCCACUCAAACAUUUCAUUGCUACCCUAUCCAUUGGCCUAACCCUAACCCUCUAACCCUCACCCCAUCACCAGGUGAGGAAGUGUGCCUUCUGAGUUGCGUUGCAUGUUUGACACGCUUGUGGUGUCAUACUGUUUAUGUGGUUGCAGUGAUGAUGAAUGAUGAAAUAAAAAAACAUGUACUUGUGUUAUUGUA